UCACCCUCGGUAGCCCCAGAGCAAGCACAAGCGCUGGAGUAAGCCCUGAAAUGCACUGAGAGGGAAACCAAGAAAGCUGCCAACAGCUACCGAGAGAGGAGGAAGUGGGAGAUGCGCUGCUUCCUGUAGCAAGAACGCUGACUGAAGACAAAGCUGGGUGGGGACUAGUCCCUGGGCUGCAGCCGCCUGCUACACACAUACACACCGCGCUGCGCCGCCGCCCGCCCGCCCGCCCGCCCGCGCUGUGGCGACUCCUACUACUGCUGGCCGGGCUGCGCCGGGCUGGGCUGGAGCUCGCGGCGAGCAGGAGCAGCUCGGUGAGGGGGAGCCACUGUCUUCCGAGCGAGCCCCGGAGCGAGCCAGAUCUGCCAGUGAGCCUCAGGCUUUGGGAACUGAAGAGAGUAUCUGAAAGACCCAUCCAGUGCUCCGAUGGCCAGCAACAACACCGCCAGCAUAGCACAAGCCAGGAAGCUGGUGGAACAGCUGAAGAUGGAAGCCAACAUUGACAGAAUAAAGGUCUCCAAAGCAGCUGCAGACUUGAUGGCCUACUGUGAGGCGCAUGCCAAGGAGGACCCCCUGCUGACCCCUGUCCCGGCCUCAGAAAACCCGUUUCGGGAGAAGAAGUUCUUCUGCGCCAUCCUUUAAGUCUCCAGGAGGAGGCCAAAGAGCCUCUGGGCUCCCGAGACUUUGCCGUAGAGUUUCUAGCACAGUGGGCGCCUUCCUUGCCCAUGGCAUUUAAAGAGAGGGAAGAGAACCAUCGCGAAAUUCCAGGCUGUGCAUGUUUAAAGAACUGGUCCCUUUUAUGAGAUUGAAAGCCAAGCCACACCCCGACCUAAGAGAUCUGAUUCUGCAGACCUGCCUGGAGGAGGGGAAUGUAUAAAAAUAAAAUUGGUGUCACUUUUUUUCUGCUCUUCCCCUCCCCCCCCCAAGACCUUACAUUUCUGCUUCAUAUUUAAAAAAUAAACAUUAAAACAGACAGCUGUACUGAGCUAAGAUAUGUAUGAUCUUCUCGGAAUGAAUAUUGUCUUUAGAUACCCUUUGAUAAGCAGAGUCGUCCAGUGUAGCUGUGGUUCGGUUUAAUGGCAUUGAUGUUUAGUCCUCGUGCGUUUCUUUUUCUUUCUUCCUUCUCCCUCCUCCCCUGUCCCUCCCCGUUAGAGUAGCUUUGGAGAUAAGGCUGGGCUUCUGUGUAAGACUGAACUCCAAGAACGGGCACCCAGAAUGCUUAAGGAAAUGUUCCUCAUGGUAAUAACAAAAAACAAUCGCCAGUUGUCUGUGCUUUCUUACCACUAUUCUUAAUAUUUGUACACGAUAGCUUUGACUCUGCAAGUAAAUCAUGUGUUGUGACUGGUGCUUUCAUAUUUUUGUGAUGAUUUUUGAGUAACAAUGCAUGAAGAUGUCCCUCUGUUACAUCCAUUCAGAAGUUUUGUUGUUUUACUAUCAAAGUAGGAAAAGAAAUGAGAGACAAGAGAAAGCGAACUGGGGAGGACAAAAAACCUCAGUAGUGUGAAAAUUGAGAUGACUUCAGCGCCUUAGUCCUGCCUAAAAUACCUCCUAAUCAACCGUGGUGUAAGCGCCUCUUCUCUAUUUUCCAGAAUCCAAAGCAUUUUGGUUUAUCCAGGAUCCAGGGCAGCACAAGCACCCCAAAGCAGGACAGUUCACCCUGAUUCACCAGGACCUGAAAAGCACUUUGCCAGAGGGUAUGAGCAAGUUUCCUCUUUCCCCAAAUCACAGAAAUUCUGGAUGGAAAAGAUUGCUUUUUGUGCUCCUAGCAAGACACCCCAGGGUCCUCCUUUGUUCAAGGAUCAGAAGAAACAAACCCAUGGCUGGCUCCACGAAGGUGGCCCAGCGGCAGAGCGCUGCCUCUUCCCCCACGCACCGGGGUGCAGGGCCCCAGAGCCCACUCUUUGGGUAGUAGGUGCAGCCCCCCGCAUCCGGCUCCACUAGAAGGGGGUCGGCUUGGUUCUGACAGGGUCUGCAUUUUUCAUUUCUCAACUUUUCAAAGAAAUCUUUGUUGCUCUUCGCCGCCUUGUCGGAGUCUCUCCCUUGCAUCCCGUGCUCCUGCCCCAGGGUAAGAGGUUGAGGGCAAUGAUGCUCGGUGGCCUUGCAGCUAGAGCCACCUCCUUUUGGAAAGGCAGGCCCUGCCCGAGCAUUUGUCACUGUUCUCCUGUGUCCCUUCAGCUCAAAGAGGGGCCUCUCUCGCAUCCUGUUUCCUUUCAAACCCCCAAAGACCAUUAACUCCGCAUUAACUUCACCCUCCUCUCUCCCCUCCCCAUUUUCUUCCUCCUAGUUAAAAAAAAAAAGUACUAAAAGGGAGGGAAAGAACAGACAAAAAUGAUUUACGAUGCCAAGGACAGAUUUUGAAACAGACGUGCUAUUUUUCCUUAGCUUCUUUAUGGGCGAGCCGGUGAAAGCACUGAUUUGUCCAGUUCAGGCGCACACCCACAGUCCAGGGUGGGGGGAGAGGGGACCGAAGCAUUUUUGAAACGCACGAAUGCAUUCUGUGACAGAAACUUCUGUUCUGAACACACCUUGGGGUUUUAUUCCACUGGGAUGCUGAUGACAAUCCUUAGCGGGUGAAGGAAAGCCGGCGGAGUAUUUUUUUUGAACCCCAGAUUUGUACAGUUAGCAUAGAAAUUCUUUGGAGUCAGCCAAAAACGCAUUUGUAAAGCAAGCUAAAAUGCAAAUGAAUGUGUGAGCACUGAGCUCUCUGAUGAGUAUGCAUUAGCAGGCCCAGAGAGUUUUCAAAUCCACAUCAUUUAUUCUGCUCAGGAGGAUUUGCUGUGUUUCCACAUAAACUGAUACUUUUUUGGAGCAAUUUAAAUAGAACUAAACAUUUUCGGAAGCAUCUCAAUACUAGUCUGGCAAUGACAAGUUAAGUAGGUUCCCAGUGUGACUGUGCUCAUAAAAGGGAGAAAGGACAGAGGUACACAGCCCGUGUGAAGUUAGAGGAAAUGUUCUGGCUUUUGUAUCACUUCAUGUGUUACACUGUGGAGUUAUAAUACCAGAAUCCUUACAUGAGUUUUACCUUAUUGCUAUUUGUGUUUAGAGCAGAAAAGUUUUGUAUUUUAUUAUUUAGGCUCCAAAGAGCUUAAUUUCUUUAGAAAUUCAACAAUAAUUUUCACCAGCAUAAUUUUAUCUUAAGGGUGGCUAUUAGGAACUUCAAUUUAAUUAGUUAAGGCCCUAAUUUCUAUAUGCCUGUGUAAAAUAUGGUAUAACAAUUAUGAGAACCAGCCAUGGAGUUAGUGAACACAAUAAACAUAUUUAGAAUGCAAAUUCUAUAAAGAAAAAAACCAUUUGCAUCGGUCUCAAUAUUUACUCCAGUGUAAAAUGUUAUUUUUAAUUGGGAUCAAGUUACUUUAAUCAGAAGACUUAAAAUAAGAAUUUUGUUCUGAAUCUGAUUUUGCUAAUAAUAUUUGGAAGAGAUUGCCUGCCAAGGAAAAAAUGAAUCAAUAAAAACCAUGUCUCCAUGCAUUCCUGCUCACUAAGGGAUUUGGAAAAAAUCAAGCAUGUUGUUAGGGGAUUUUUAUACUUUUCUUUCUUCCUUGAUAUUUGCCUCUAGCUGCUCCUGGCAAUGAUGAAUUGUUACAUACACAUAACCGUUUCUCAGCCCAAGCAUUGUUCACGUUUCUCCUAUAUAAGAUCUGUGGAAUGUGUCUUCUACGGAGAGAGAAAUGCAGAAAUGUUAAAGCAGGAAAACCUGAAUGUGAUGUGCACAUUUUCAUCCCACAUGGACAAUGUAUUUGUUUUAAUAAAUGGAAUUUUCAGAUUCA